AUGGCCCAGGCGGACCGCCGUGCGAGUGAGUGGACGCGGAGCUCUUCCCGGCGGCGCUGCCGGCUGCCCUCGCGGCCAGGGCAACACCAGAACUUCUUCGGUCUGGACGAAGCGCUGGGCCCAGUGGCCGUGAGCUUGCGGCGGGAGGAGAAGGAGGGCAGCGGAGGGGGCACCCUGCACAGCUACCGCAUCAUCGUGCGGACCACGCAGCUCCGGACGCUUCGUGGCACCAUCUCAGAGGACGCGCUGCCACCGGGGCCUCCGCGGGGCCUGUCCCCCAGGAAGCUUCUGGAGCUCGUGGCGCCCCGGCUGAGCCCCACCUGCCUGCGCCUGGGCUCAGCGUCUCCCAAGGUGCCGCGCACGCUGCUCACGCUGGAUGAGCAAGUGCUGAGUUUCCAGCGCAAGGUGGGUGUCCUGUACUGCCGGGCAGGCCAGGGCUCCGAGGAGGAGAUGUACAACAACCAGGAGGCGGGGCCGGCCUUCAUGCAGUUCCUCACCCUGCUGGGGGAUGUGGUGCGGCUCAAAGGCUUCGAGAGCUACCGGGCCCAGCUGGACACCAAAACGGACUCCACAGGCACACACUCUCUCUACACCACAUACCAGGACCACGAGAUCAUGUUCCAUGUGUCCACCAUGCUGCCCUACACCCCCAAUAACCAGCAGCAGCUCCUGCGCAAGCGCCACAUUGGCAACGACAUUGUGACACUGGUGUUCCAGGAGCCCGGCAGCAAUCCCUUCUGCCCCACCACCAUUCGCUCACAUUUCCAGCACGUGUUCCUGGUGGUGCGUGCGCAUGCGCCCUGCACCCCCCAUACCUCUUACAGGGUGGCGGUGAGCCGCACUCAGGACACCCCGGCCUUUGGGCCAGCUCUGCCCGCCGGCGGAGGCCCCUUCCCGGCCAACGCCGACUUCCGGGCCUUCCUGCUAGCCAAGGCACUCAAUGGGGAGCAGGCGGCUGCGGGCCACGCACGCCAGUUCCACGCCAUGGCCACGCGCACGCGCCAGCAGUACCUGCAGGACCUGGCCACCAACGAGGUGACCACGACGUCGCUGGACUCUGCCUCACGUUUCGGGCUGCCCUCGCUGGGCGGCCGGCGGCGGGCGCCUCCGCGGGGUCCGGGCGCCGAGCUGCAGGCAGCGGGCGCGCUGGUGUGGGGCGUGCGCGCGGCCCCUGGAGCGCGGGGCGCCGCCGGGGGCGAGGCCAGCGGUCCCGACAGCUCCGAGGUACCCUGCCUGCUGGGCAUCUCGGCGGAGGCACUGGUGCUGGUGGCGCCGCGCGACGGCCGCGUGGUCUUCAACUGCGCCUGCCGCGACGUGCUGGCCUGGACCUUCUCCGAGCAGCAGCUCGACCUGUAUCACGGCCGCGGGGAGGCCAUCACCCUGCGGCUCGACGGCUCCCCUGGGCAGGCGGUGGGCGAGAUCGUGGCGCGCCUGCAGCUGGUGAGCCGGGGCUGCGAGACUCGGGAGCUGGCACUGCCCCGAGACGGCCAAGGCCGCCUGGGCUUCGAGGCAGACGCGGAGGGCUUCAUCACGCACGUGGAGCGCUUCACCUUCGCCGAGACGGCAGGGCUGCGGCCCGGGGCGCGUCUGCUGCGCGUGUGCCGCCAGACGCUGCCCAGCUUGGGCCCCGGAGCCGCCGCCCAUCUGCUCCGCAGUGCGCCCAAGGUCUGUGUCACCGUGCUGCCCCCGGACGACAGCGGCCGACCUCGCAGGAGCUUCUUGGAACUGUACACGCUGUCGCUGCAGGAGCCCAGCCGGCGGGGUGCUCCGGAGCCUGUGUCUGAGGGGGCCACGGGGGUGGCCCUGCUGCCCGCCACGCAGCAGCUCCUGCACCUGUGCCUGCCUGAUGGUGGAGGCCAACGGGGGCCUGGGGCUUUGGCCGAGGAGAGGACAGAGUUCCUACACAGCCGGAGCUCACCUUCACCCAGCAGCUCCCUGUCUGACGAGGGCCCCGUCCUGCCCAACGCCACCCCAGACCUCCUCCUCGCUGCUACGGCCAAGCCAGCAACACUCAGUGCUGGCAGGGAGACACCUCCUACCCAGGACGGGACGGGCGGUCCCAGUAGCUGUGAAGACAGGGAAGACCCGGCCCCUGAGCUGAGAGCAUCCUUCCUGCCCCGAACCUUGUCUCUGCGUAACUCCAUUAGCAAGAUCAUGUCGGAGGCGGGCAGCGAGACCCUGGAGGACGAGUGGCAGUCCAUCUCUGAGAUCGCAUCCACGUGCAACACCAUCCUGGAGUCGCUGUCUCGGGAGGGACAGCCGAUCCCAGAGAGCGGAGACCCCAAGGGUACCCCAAAGUUGGAUGCUGAGCCACCAGAGCCUGGGAGCCUGUCCCAAAAGGUCUCCCACUUGGAGUGCAUGCUCAGGAAGCUGCAGGAGGACCUGCAGAAGGAGAAGGCGGACAAGGCGGCUCUGGAGGAAGAGGUGCGGAGCCUGCGCCACAACAACCGGAGGCUGCAGGCGGAGUCUGCCAGUGCUGCCACCCGCCUGCUCUUGGCCUCCAAGCAGCUGGGAUCCGCCACCCCCGACCUGGCCUGAUGGGGGUUCAUGCCGGCCUCCUGGGCCACACGUGCCCUCAGGCCUCCUCAGGAACCCUGCUCCCUCCCUGCGAAGAGGUUGUCUUUAGCACUGCCCUCACCCCAGCUCCUCCUGUGGUGGCAAGUGUUCCCCUUUCCUGACCUCAUUUGUAAAUAUUCUUCAGAGAAAAGGAGACUUGGGGAGUAAAGAAGCCACUGUCA